AUGUUCUCUGCCACCUCUGGGGCUGUGCGCGCAGGCGCCCGUCGCUUUGCCCGCUACCCAGCGUCCAUUGGCAUCGCUGUUCCGAGUUCAAACCAUGGCCUCUUCAUCUCCACCUCGACGACCAAGGCCGCCUCGCUCCGCCCUGCCACCCCUGGUAGCCAGCGUGUUGGCCAGCAGCAGCGUCACAGCUACGCCACGACGACCAACCCGAACCCCCCGCUCGGCAAGAAGAAUGCCUCCAACGAUGUGCCGUCUCGCAUUGGCUUGAUUGGCGCCCGAGGGUACACCGGCCAAGCCCUGAUCGACCUGCUCAACGACCACCCCUUCAUGGACCUCCGCUAUGUGUCUUCGCGAGAGCUUGCUGGCCAGAAGCUCGACUCCUACACCAAGCGCGACAUCACAUACGCAAACCUCGCCGUGGAAGAGGUGGCCCAGCUGGACAAGGAUGGCAAGGUUGACUGCUGGGUGAUGGCUCUGCCCAAUGGCGUAUGCAAACCAUACAUUGAAGCCCUCAACCAGGUUCGGGAAGAAACCGGCAAGAAGACCCUCAUUGUUGAUCUCUCUGCCGACUACCGAUUCGACGACACAUGGACAUACGGUCUCCCUGAGCUUACCAAGCGCUCCGCGAUUGCCCAAUCCAAGAACAUUUCCAACCCGGGAUGUUUCGCGACUGGUGCCCAGCUGGCUCUCGCGCCCCUCAGCGGUCAUUGCCUCGAUGCCCACGUCUUCGGAGUGAGUGGCUAUUCGGGUGCUGGAACCAAGCCAUCUCCCAAGAAUGACCUCAACAACCUAAGGGGCGGCAUCAUCCCAUACAGUCUUACGGGCCAUAUCCAUGAGAAGGAGAUUAGCCAUCAUCUGAACAUCAAGACUGCGUUUCUGCCUCAUGUGGCCGAAUGGUUCCGUGGCAUUCAACUGACUGUCUCGAUUGACUUGAACCAACAAAUGACAUCACGCGACAUCCGCCAGAUCUACCAGGACCGUUAUGCUGGGGAGAAACUUGUCAAGGUCUCGGGAGAGGCUCCUCUGGUGAGGAAAAUCUCUGGCCAGCAUGGCUGUGAGCUCGGUGCCUUUUCCGUCGACAGCACCGGCAAGCGCGUGGUUGUUUGCGCUACGAUAGACAACCUCAACAAGGGAGCCAAAAACAUGAACCUUGCGCUGGGAUACGAUGAAUUCCAGGGCAUUCCCACGGCACAAUGA